AUGGAGCCCAGCCACCCAAGCAAGCCCAGCGAAAGGCCUGGUUCGACGUUAGCUGAUCGGCUAGCUGAAAUAGGGCCUCCGCCCGGCCGGCAAAAAAUCCCGGCUCGCAGGCGCAGCGGCAUCUCCAUGUCUCUACUAGGUGCGAUUCUUGAAGCCAGCUCCAGCUCCAGCUCCAGUUCCUUUUGCAGCUCUGACGACGAGAGCUCCGAAUCCAGUGCCUCGUCCUCAGCAGACGCAACUUUGCCCACCGAACAAGAGGAUUCCCCGCGGGAGGGCGACGCAUGGAUGGAAGACUCAUCUACCACCGCGUCCAACGCGCAGCACAGCCCCCAAACAAGUUCUUCGGGCCAAUCGUGGAACGAUCCCGACUUUGUGCCGUACUGGGACGACGAGUGGCAGACGAAUCACGGAACCUUUCGCCUGCGAGAAGCGAGCCAAGCUGAUCGCCAAGACCGGCGCGGGGCGGCGACUGGCGACAAGAGUAAAUCCUCUCGUCUCUGGCAUUUCAUGACUUGCGGAGAUUCAGACGACAGCAGCAGCGAAGCCGAGGAGGUCGGGCCGCUCACACCGCUGACCCUGACCCAGCGGCGGCUGUUGAUGCGUCGAAGACAGGAGCGAGCGUACCGGCAGCAGCUCCGGGAUGAGAACAGCUCGGCGUCGCUGAGGGCCAUGCUGUAUAGCUUAUUGUUGGCGUGCACCAUGAUGGCCAUCGCGUUGGGCGUGGCGGCGUAUGCCAAUGGUGGCCUUCAUGUCCCCCACCGUCGACACAAGGGAGAUACGCGCGGGUAG